AUGUACUUCCGCGAAUCUGGUGGUGUGCUACCGGACCACUCGCCUUCCUCCCAAUUCAUGCAGCCGGCAUAUAUGAACUGGACUCGAACGAAUCACAGAUCAGCAACUAUGUCAUAUCGUCAUAUACGCCGACCCUAACUACCCUACUCGAACGAUUUAAAUCUCCCAUGAGCAUCUCUUUCAGUCUUCUAUCAGUUAUCCAAUCUUCUGCACCUGGUGCAUUAUCUAUCCCUAAUACAAAGAAGGAAAUGGAAAUCAUUCAAAAACGCCUUGCUGAUCGCGACCAUGUCGUCCUCGAAGGCGAGGCAGGUACGAGGAGACGGGUGAUAAAGGGCAUGGAAGAGUGUAACUGGCUCCAUCUAGCAUGUCACGGGAUCCAAGCACCGAGUGAGCCGACGAGCAGUGCACUUCUCCUAGAAGACGGCCAUCUUACGCUCGAGGAAAUCAUCAAGCUCGACCUUCCUCAAGCCGAGUUUGCGUUCCUAUCCGCUUGCCAAACCACCACAGGAGAUGAGAACCUGUCGGAAGAAGCUGUUCAUAUCGCUGGCGGAAUGCUCUUGGCUGGGUAUCGGAGUGUGGUGGCGACGAUGUGGUCUAUCCAAGACGAACUCGCACCUCUGGUCACGGACGAGUUCUAUAGGCAUCUUAUGGAAGAUAGAAAGCGACCUGACCCUACAAAGGCAGCAGAAGCACUGCAUGUAUCAGUCCAAAAGCUUCGCCAACAACCGGGCGUUCGGCUUAUAGACUGGCCACUGCUUAAAGUCUAUCCCACCGUUCCUAUUUCAGUAUUUAACAAUGGUGUGAUGGAACGCCGCGGUUCGAACGAUUGGUGCUGCCGUAUUCAAGUUGAAGCAUGGAUUCUCGUGAACUGCCUCGAUCUCUUGAUGUCCGAACUAGUUUAUAUGUCCAGCCGUAGUGUGUUUGUAGAUCUGAAUAAACUUCCUGUUUCUACGGAUUCUCUCCCGGCUGAAGCUGGAGAGUUAGCGGAAUAUACGGGAGGUCGAAAAGGUGUCGAAAAGACGAACAGCAAACCUAUGGGAUCUAAGCUUGGUGACAUGAGCAAUACUCCUUUCUUCUCCUCUAUCGUCCAUGUUUCUCAUAGGAAAGAGAUCUUGCUCCUAGCGGUUGCGUGGUAA